AUGGAAGGGCCUCUAAGUGAGGGCGAGCAUUUUAAGAAUGCUAAAGUUCUUGUUCGUGAAUGGUGUCAGUUAAUCACUGAUCCCCAUGGACAUUUGGAGCGCCUAGAUGAUUCAAUCGGGAAGCGACUGGAUUUCCGCCUGAAAGAUAUCAGCGACAUCCCAGAGAACCUGGUAAAUCAAGCUUUGGGACUCCUCAAGAGAAUACCGACAAGUGUGUAUCAGCCCCACAGUAUAUCCAAUGACUCGGCGCUUAACCGUCUCGAUACCGGAUUUCUCGCUGCCGAACCUAGCUGUAGGACCUUGGAGAGUCUUAAGGUAGCACACUUCGUGGACUUGAACUCGAUUAAGAUGGCGCUCAAGGUCUUUAUAGCAGUUAAGAGGAACCUGGAGAAAAGAGAAGGUUAUGCGGGAACCGAUUUUGAGACGUAUAUUGCUUUUAUUGCCGAAUUACUUAGGACGACAUUUGAAAUUGCCAAAGAGACCUGGACCAGGACAGGGCGACUAUUCGUACUAAGAGUGUUCUUAUGGCAAGCUUAGCUGCGCUGUACAGUGUUGC